GCGAACAUCUAGUUCAGUUCGCUGCCAUCUCAUGUCGGUAGUGCAUGUGCAUUUCUCGCACGAGUUUACGCCAUUUUUUCUCUCUCUCUCUCUCUCUCUCUCUCUCUCUCUCUCUAUCACUUCGAGUUUAUCGCGCUCGCAACUGCGUCUCUCGUAAAGUGGAGUGUACGUAAGUAGUGCAAAAACAAACCCCGAUGAACCAGUCGCGGAACUUUACGUCGUUGCUGAACCCGAGCUACCUGCAGAAUGCCCAGGGCACGAGCUCAUCGGUGUCCAGUGCAGCGGCGGCUGCGGCCGCUGCCGCCGCCGCCGUCUCCGCGGCCAUCGCCAACGGGACCAGCUUGAGUAGCUCGUCCAGCAAGAAACGAGAGGCCGAUGACAAGGACAAGGAGCUGUCCAGGGAGGAACGCAGGAAGCGCAGAAAGUCCAGAUGGGGAGGAAGCGAGCACGAAAAGACCUUUAUUCCUGGGAUGCCAACUGUUCUGCCGACCAACCUUACACCUGAACAGGAAAAGGCUUAUCUAUUUCAACUACAGAUCGAGGAAAUCAGCAGGAAGCUACGUACAGGAGAUCUUGGAAUACCAGUUAAUCCUGAGGAAAGAUCUCCAUCCCCUGAACCAAUCUACAGCAGUGAUGGCAAACGGUUGAAUACGAGAGAAUAUCGAACUAGACGGAAAUUGGAAGAAGAACGGCACAAUCUUAUUCAGAAGAUCUUGAAAAUCAAUCCGGAGUUCAAGCCACCACCGGAUUACAAGCCUCCAAUUAUCAGAGUCCACGACAAGGUGAUGAUUCCGCAAGAAGAGCAUCCUGACAUCAAUUUUGUAGGAUUGCUUAUUGGGCCACGUGGUAAUACUUUAAAAUCAAUGGAGAAAGAAACUGGCGCUAAAAUCAUAAUUCGAGGCAAAGGAAGUGUGAAAGAGGGCAAAGUAGGUCGUAAAGAUGGACAGCCAUUGCCUGGCGAAGACGAGCCUCUGCACGCUUACAUCACUGCUAAUAAUCUCGAAGCAGUGAAGAAAGCUGUUGAGAGGAUUCACGAAAUUAUCCGCCAAGGAGUUGAAGUACCUGAAGGUCAGAAUGACCUGCGUCGUAAUCAACUGCGGGAACUUGCAUUGUUAAACGGUACUCUUCGCGAGAACGAUGGCCCACGCUGCACGAACUGCGGUGCCAGUGACCACAAGACUUGGCUCUGUCCUGACAAGCCUAAUGUCACCAACAAUAUUGUGUGUUCGAGCUGUGGUGGAGCCGGUCACAUAGCUCGCGAUUGUCGUUCCAAGAGACCUGGAAUGGGAGGUCCAGCUGCUGCUAAUUCUACUGCAGCUGGCGAUAAGGCCAAGAUAGAUGAGGAGUAUAUGUCGUUGAUGGCAGAACUUGGUGAAGGUCCACCACCUGAUCGCUCUAAGAACAAUAAUCAAAAUAGAUCGACGUCCAACGCGAAUCCCAAUUACCCUGGACUAUUUGAUAACAAUAGACAACAGCCGCGUGCUUUGAUGUCAGCACCAGCUCAUCCACCGCAAAAUAUGAUACCAACCGGUCCGCCUCCGAUGAUGCCACCACCACCACCCGGAAUGGCACCAGCUCCAUGGUCUCAGCCUGAUAUGAGUAAUAUGAAUGGCAUGAAUAACAUGCAAGGCAUGAAUACCAUGAAUAGUAUGAGCACUAUGAACAACAUGAGCAGUAUGAGCAACAUGAAUAACAUGAACAACAUGAACAGCAUGAAUAACAUGAAUAGUAUGAACAACAUGAAUAUGCAAUGGGGCCAACAGCCGGUGAGCAUGCCACCACCGCCUGGAGUGAUGCAGCCACCACCACCUCCUCCAGGAGCAUCUUCUCAAUCACCGUCAAGCAUACCUCCGCUGAUGCCGUGGAUGGCACCCGGAGGUGGUGGUAGCCAACCGCCGCCACCAGGUCAGAUGCAAUGUCAAAUGCCUCCCCCACCUGGACAGAUGCAACCUCCUCCACCAGCAAUGGGUAUUCCACCGUGGCAACAACCGCCGCCACAACAGCCUCAGCAACCUCAGCAACAAUCGCAACCUGGACAGCAAACUGCGGGACCAAUGAGACCACCGCCUCCGGGCACAGCUCCACCACCAGGCACAGUCCCACCACCUGGCUAUCCACCACAAGGUCCUCCAGGAUGGGGACCACCGCCCCCUCAGCAACAGCCCAUGGGCUGGCCACCAGCGGCGCCGGUGCCACCACCACCUCAACAGCCAGCUCCCGCACCUCCAGGCAUUGACCUGACGAAUCUACCAACGUUACUUGCGCAACCGCCCCCGCCCCCACCACCGACCAGUUAGUCGACAUCCGGAAGAGAGAAUAUGUGGCAACGCAGAUAGAUAACGUGAGGUUCUUUUAACGCGGAUUAGUACACGGUUGAUGGUUUUGUGAAUUAAUUUGGAGCCUUCUAGUUGUUGGGUGUCUUUUUUUUUGUUUGGUUGUGGAAUGGAGAAACGAUUUUGCUUGAAAGGAAGAUGUAGUUCAAAGUUUGCGUUAGAUCUGCACCGAAAGAUUCACCGUGUACAACCGACGAGAAUAGAUCUAGGAAUUUACUUUUAGGAAGAUAGAUAAAAAAUGUGUGACAAUGAUGUUGUAAAAAACUCAGCGUCGUAUGAGUGGAUAACAGGGGACUGGGAUUUUCUUAUAUUGUUUCUAACUAGGGUUAAUCUGCAUGAAUGUAUUUUCAAAACGACGAAUCAACUUCGGAUUUAAAUGGUGGAAUAAGUCGUUCAGUGCAAGCUAGGGAAAACUAUUUACCGAGACUGUUAUUUAUUUAAUUUAUUAAAACGUUUGUCUUAUGGUCUAUAAUUUGUAUGAGAUAAAUUUAGUGAAAUCGUUAAUUCAAAAUUUAAGAAAUUAAUCCCAGUCCCAGCAGUAAGUCAAAGGGAUUCACUUUACAAUAUUUAGCAAAUAUUUAGACAAACCUUUAUUUUUCUUCAUUUUUUGCAAUAAUUAAAAUUUUGCGUGUGUGAUCGACUGUAAGAUAAACGCUAGGUAAACAAAUAUAAAAAGAGUACACAGAACGCUUAUUGACGUUGUAGAUUAUUUUAUUCUACUGUGAACGUUUUCUCCUUAAAGUUUAAAGACCCUUGCUUUUUCAAUCUUUGACAAUGUGCAAAAGUAACUGAAUUACCAAUAAGGCAAAUAAAAAUGCAUAUGCCUUUUUGAGGUGUAAUUUGUAAAUACUUGCGAUCGUAAUUUCCUGAAUAUUGCAAAUUCGUUCGUAUUCUUUUUUAAAAUCAACUUCAUGCCGAGGGGGAUGUCAGUAUGCAAUUAUUACUUUGCUAUACGACACUCGAAAAAGAUAGGUUAUUGAAACUAUUUAUACAUAAAUAUUAGACAAUGCUUUGAUAAAAGCGUGUUGAAAUUUUCAUUCGCAAUGGAAGAGAUAUGUUAACUAAAUAGAAAAAUAUAAAUAGUAUAUAUAAUUAUAUAAUACGAAAUCCCUCCAAGGACUCGAUGCAUUCUGUAUUUUGUGUUAUCACACAAUAAAUUGAAUAAGAAAAUCAUA